UUUUCCUUCGUUAAGGUCAGCUGGUGGCGAUAAACAGUAUGGCAUGUAAUAAGGUUUUAAGUGUUUUCCGACAAGGAUUAUUCACCAACCAAGUUGCCAUAGUUACAGGUGGUGGAACUGGUAUUGGCAAAGCAAUUACGAGGGAAUUGUUGCAUUUAGGAUGUAAAGUUGUGAUAGCCUCUAGAAAAGUUGAAAGGUUAAACCAGUCAGCUGAUGAAAUGAGACAAGAACUUGAUAAAGACAGUCCUGCUGAACUGUUACCUGUCCAAUGUAAUAUAAAACAACAAGAAGAGGUCAAAUUAUUAGUUUCAUCUACUAUGGAAAAGUUUGGGAAAAUAAAUUACCUUAUCAACAAUGGUGGGGGUCAGUUCUACUGUCCUGUGGCUAAAAUGAGUCUUAAAGGCUGGAAUGUGGUUGUAGAUACGAACCUUACGGGAACAUUUCAAGUCACACAACAAGUUUACAAUGCAUAUAUGAAAGAGCAUGGUGGGAGUAUUGUAAAUAUCGUACUAGACAACGGCAAUGGAAUGCCAGGAAUGGGACACAGUGGUGCUGCUAGAGCUGGUAUUGAAAAUCUGUCAAAAACACUAGCCUUAGAAUGGGCUAAAGAUGGUAUCAGAGUAAACAAUGUUGCACCGGGAACCAUGUACUCAGAUACAGCAGCUGCCAAUUAUGGUGAAUUUAACAUAUUUGCAGAAACCAUUCCUUAUAUCCCGGCAAAAAGAUUAGGCACAGUGGAAGAGGUUUCAGCUGCCGUUAGUUUUCUGUUGUCUCCAGCUGCAGCUUUCAUCACCGGUACAACAAUAGCCGUAUCUGGUGGCUCUCAUUUAUAUAAAAACCAGUGUUUUGAAAUACCAGAUCAUGACAAGAUGCCUGCCUAUACAUGGGGCAAAUCAGAAAAACGACUUUUGAAGGAUGCUGUGACUGGCAAAUUGUCACCUGUGUGGGAUUAGAAACUAUUUGAGUUGUUAGAUACACUUAAUAAUAGAUAAAAACAUCCAUCGAAAUCUUUGUGUUAAAACAAAUCCGGAAUCUGUUGUAUGACUAUUUUGAAAUAAAAGAAAUCUCUUUGU